GCAUAUCCCCUUACAUUGGCAGUUCACUGAUAACAGCUUUGAAAUUAGUGAUAACAGUGUAUGACAACCUGUUUCAAAAUUGAAUGUUUUGUCUUGUUUUUUUUAAUUAACUAUUAGCAUCUUUUUGCCAAUUGCUGCAAUGGAUCCUACUCAACAGAAUCUGGAUGCUGUGUCUGAAGAUGGUGUCACUGACUCACCUAAAAGAGGUCCAACGUUAUCAACCAGCACUAGUAGCUUUGAACCGCUUGAUCCUCAUGAUCCAAACCUCAGCAAGUUGGCAACAACCAUGUUUCAAAAGACUGCAGAUUAUUUGUUAGGAGAGCUAACUCUUACACAGGCUGAUUAUAAACUGUUAGAAGCCAUGAAUAUAGCAACUGUAUCAAAAUGUAAUGAUAUGACACUAAUGACCCAGCAAAUUAAGAAAAAUAUGGUGGAUCUGCAGGAAAAAUAUGAAUCUCUUCGUCCUGUCCUGGAACAAAUUAAUGAAAUUGAAGCUAGUGUUAUGAAACUAGAGAAGGCUGCAUAUAAACUUGAUGCAUAUUCCAAGCGCCUGGAGAACAAAGUUAAGACUCUUGAAAGGAAAUGAAAACAGCUUUCGCCCUCUGAAGGGGAUUGCACUUUGUGAAAUGACACUUUUAGAGUUAUGUUGCUGGAUUUAAUUAAUGACAAUUUUAAUGGCUUUAAUGAUUCUAUAGAAUCUUGUAUCAUAACUGUUUUUCUGUGAUUGUUAAAUUUAAAAUUUGUUUUUCACGAACACUUGAAUUUAUAAGUUAUCUUUGUAUCCAAGG